AUGGCCUGUACGCAUAUAACAGAAGAGCAAUGCGUGACGCGAGUUCCAAAAGAAAUGUUCAAAAAGAAAGCAGAAAUUGAGGCGAGUGAUCCAUUUUUUGGUGGGAAUUCGAACAAUCCGGACAAAAAGUGGGUCAAAAAUCUGAAUUUUAGGUAGAUUAACCAAAUAUUAUUGUUUUUAGAGCGCACAAUGUUCCAACAUUUUGUGUAGAAUGCGAUUUAUCGAAAUCAUCUCUCAUUUGUCUCAAUUGUGGAAUUAUAAAUUGUGGACGAUAUGAUUCCGGACACGCAAUUGAUCACUUCAACGAAUCUAAACAUGCUGUUGUGAUGGACUGUGUAUCUUUUGCAUUAUAUUGGUAUGUCUAUUUUUAAACCUUCCAAUAUGAAUUAUAUUUUUCAAUAGUUAUGAAUGUGAUGCGACUGUAACAGUGGAUUUCGAACCAGCCUUGUUCCCCCUUAUCAAAUCAAUCCGGCUAUUAUUUGAUAUUGAAGAACCAAUCGGUGAAGAGGAGGUAAAAACAGUGACGGAUCAAGUGGCUUCUUCUAAACUCAAAAGUCCACCACCAAAAGGAGGAAAAAAGGAUAAAAAGAAAGAGAAAAACGUGAAACAUUAUGGGCUGAAAAGCGGAAAAGUUGUGCCAAUGACACCACAAAUUGCUGAAAUAAUAAGAGAUGGAAAACCGAGAGGAUUGAACAAUGUGGGAAAUACUUGUUUUAUGGCAUCAGCUCUGCAAGCUUUAGGGUAAACAUUUGUAUAGAAAAUAAACAAAACAUUUUUGCGGUUUCAGAAGUAUUGAACAAUUUGUGUCCUACAUGUGUGAUAUGCCAGAUUUGGAAGAUUAUUUGAUUGAUCCGACGAAAACACAAGUCUCAUUUGUCUCCAACGAAACCCGCAAUUUCUUUCGAAAACUCCGCGAGCGAACACCAAAAAAUGUGCCGCACCAGCUGAAUUUAUUUCGCAAAGUUUUCGUGACACACUGUCCCAGAUUUCAAGGUUUAGAACAACACGAUUCUCAUGAGUUUUUGCGAUAUCUUCUCGAUCAAAUGCAUACGGAAAUGAAGAAAUGCCAAGAUUUGCCUGAUAUUCCAGAAGGUUCCACAUUUAUCAAUGAAUUGUUUGGUGGAACUCUGCAAUCGAAAGUUAUUUGUAUGAAUUGUCAACAUGAGAGCAAUAAAGAUGAUGUUAUGAUGGGUAAGAAUAUUGAUUUGGGAGGGGUGAUUGUGUUGCACCCUUUUUUCAAAAUAAAAAAUGGAAUUCGAAGUUUUGGGCCUAAAAACCUAUCUUUUUCCGAACGAAAUUCGAUUUUGAAUUUCCGCCGCCAGAAAUCCACGUGGAUAACUUCAAGCUAUUCAAAAAGAUCUGAAAAUGAUUUUUUUUACAGAUCUAUCUCUGGACCUCAAACACAAAGCAAAACUUCCCGACGCACUAAACUCAUUUUUUGCCAAAGAAAUUCUCGACAAAACCGAAAAACCCGAAUGCUCAAAAUGCAAAUCGAAACAAACAUCCAGCAAACAAAUGUUUAUCAAAAAGCUGCCACAAGUAUUGUGUUUGCAUCUGAAACGGUUCAGAGACGACGGUUCGAAAAGUUGUAAACAUGUCAAUUUUCUAAUGGAUGGACUGAAUUUGGAUCAUUUUAUGUCCGAUGAUAUUCCUGAAGAACCACCCACUUUUUAUGAAUUAACUUCGACUGUUCAGCAUUGCGGUGAAAAGUAAGACAUAUAUGUGAAAGUUGGUUUUCACUAUUCAAAAAUAUUCAAAUUUCACUAAACCAAUAUUUUGAAACGUAUUUGUUUCAGGAAUUUUUUGGAAAAUUCUUUUUGUACUCAAAAAGUGUUCUUCCUUUUUUUUAAUAGAAAUUCUAAUUUUCUUUUGAAAAAUCCACGUGGCAAGUCUUCAAGCACUAAAACUAUUGUAAAAAAAAUUGCCACGUGGUGAAACCUCACAAAUAUAUUCUCUGAACAAAAAUUUCAGAGAAAACAAACUUGCUCAAUUAAUCGAUCAACAUAUUAUUCAUAAUAUUCAUCUUCUAAAUCUGACUAACCUAAAACUAACAAAACUACACUCUAUUUUAUCAUUAUUAUUAUCAUUUUCUUCUCCUUCCAGCACUGGUUUUGGUCAUUACAUUUGCUAUGGAAAACGCGGUUCAUCUUGGUAUAUGUUCAAUGAUGAAAAGGUUGAGUUAAGCCAACCGGAAAACGUUUUGGGAUCCUAUGCCUACAUUCUAUUUUAUACAAAAAAGCCGACUUCGGCUCCAAAUCCAACGCCUUCAACAACAUUGCAUUCACUUAAUCUACCACCAAUUGCUCCACCAACAAAAACAAAUCAGAAACCGGUGAAAAAAUAA